UAUUUUUUAUUUUUUUUGCAGGUAACUUGAAAAAAGUAAAAAUAAAAAUAAAAUAAAAAAAUUAAGCCAUUUGAGGAAAUCAAUCAAAGGCUGGAACUUUACUCUAACCAUUUAACAAGUUGCUUGCUUGCCGACAAAAGCUAUUAUUCGGUAGACCCUCACACUUUCACAAGUACAAAGCCGAAUGACCGAAACGGUGCAGACACAAGUUCACCCGACGCCUAAAGUAGCACGCAAUUACACAAUAUGGAAUGAAAGAGACAUUGAUCUAUUAUUGAGUGAAUUGGAAAAACCAGGAGCCUACAAACAAUGGAAAGAAAACAAAUCAAGCUUUGCCAAGGGGAUCACUGGACAAGAAUUCAGCAAUCCAAUGAAUCAAGAAGCUAUCAAGUUCAAGAUUCGUUGGCUGGAAAGUCGGUUUAAGAGUUGGCAUGAGCAGCUUACGUUGACGCAACAGAAGCCUGCCGUACAUGCGGCGCUUCGAGAAAAGAUGAUGAAAGAAUUCCCUUAUUACGACCGUUGUAAACCCAUACUUGGAAGUAGUAUGACAUCGACCGAUAUAAACACCAACAACAACACGAGCACAAAUACAGACACCAACAUCACUACUAACACGAGCGACACCCCUACUUCCAGCGUCAACUCAGAAUCCCAUCGAGCCAUGAAUAUACCAACUGCCGUGCCGUCAGGGUGCCCUUACUCCCCGAGUUCCAGUACAUCGAGUGGCAGCCAAGGCGCUCGCUCGACAGCAGCACAGUCCUCCUCGACCUCUAACACACAAAAAAUUUUACCGCAAGUCCAAACACGUCCAUUCAAACGAAUAGCCAGCAAUGCUGAACGAUUAGAGACCUACAGCAAACGACCCCAUACAAUGACACAUGCAGGCAUUGAACCUUAUCACCUAUUGCAAAGACCAGAGAGCGGUGCCUCAGAGCAGUUCAUAUUAAAGACAAUGGAAUAUGAUUUGGAGUUUAGAAAAAUGGAGCACGAUGAACGAAUGCAACAAAUGAAAUUAGAACAACUCAAACUAGAAAUAGAGUUACAGAAAUUGAGAAAAUAAUACAAAACAUACUAUCCAACCUUUUGAAUUGUCCAUUCAAAAGGUUUCUGUACACUCUGAAAAAAAGAAAAAAGAAAAAAGAAUCCGAACCCUCCCCCCACCCAGCUAUCGAGGCAUUGCCACUCUGAUACUAUUAUCUAUAUAAUAGAUAUAUAUAUAUAUAUAUAUAUAUAUAU